GCCGGCGGGCAGCAGCAGCGAGCGGGCUUCCGCGCCUCCGCCACCCGCGGGACCGACAUGGCCCACGAGCGUCCCGCCAGCGCCCUGGAGCCCGAGCUCGUGCAGCGGCUGCUGCUCUCCUGCCAGGAGGCCAAGAAGUCCGCCUACUGCCCCUACAGUCACUUCCCCGUGGGGGCCGCGAUCCUCACUCAGGACGGGAGGAUCUUCUCCGGGUGCAACAUAGAAAAUGUCUGUUACCCGCUGGGCGUCUGUGCGGAGCGGACCGCCAUCCAGAAGGCCAUCUCAGAAGGGCACAGAGAGUUCAGGGCAAUUGCUAUCUCCAGUGACCUGCAAGAUGACUUUAUCUCACCGUGUGGGGCCUGCAGACAAUUCAUGAGAGAGUUUGGCAGCAACUGGGUUGUCUACAUGACCAAGCCGGAUGGCACGUAUGUUGUCAGUACAGUGCUGGAGCUGCUACCUGCCCCCUUCGGGUCCAUAGGCUGGCAGAAGGUCCAGUGAAGGUUGGGAAACAGCCACAGCCUGGAAGAGCCUGGCUUUCCGUGCGUACUUAAGGGGACUGCUGCCCGGAGAACUCGACGAAGAUGUUCUCACAGACCUGGAGACAUCUGCCAAGCGGGCAGGGCUGGGCAGAGAUGGCUCUUCCAGGUUACACAGUCAAGCACGGUGGUCUUCACUGAAGCGAUAAAACUUUUCACUCUGGCCCGGGCCAGCAUCCCUCCUUGCAACCCACCUUGUCCUUCCCGGGACAGGAGCACCUAUCCCAUCCUUUCCUUCCUUCGGGGCCCUCUUUAAAAUUCCAGCAAGUCUGGACUGCUUCCCCGUCAGCCUUCUCAAGGUUCUAUCCUGUUCUGGGCAACUUUUCUAAUUAUAGACAUCACAGAACAUCUGA